GUGAUCGUCCUAAACUCGACACCCAGACAUCUCGUGUGCAGAAACCCCGGCAGCCGUGGUGUUACAUCUCCGCUUGGUCGAGCAUCAUGAGGACCACUCACAUCCUUCUGCUCUGCGUCCUGGCAGCUGCUCUGCUGCACACGGCCCUCGCCAACAAUGGAACUGGGCCUGAUGAAUGCUGCUUCAAGUUCUAUCCAAGAAGGCUUAAGAAAAGCAUCUUUGCUACAUAUCACAUGACUGAUCAUCGCUGCUCCAAGACAGGAGCCAUCUUGGUGACAAAAAAGGGCCGUCACAUCUGUGGUGAUCCAAAUAGUUCUUGGGUGGAGAGCGUCAUGAAAUCUCUGGACGAGGAGUCCUAGAGGAGCGGCUGAGAUGAUGCAGCAAUACACUCAGGAUUUUGAUACAAAGUGUUUUAAAUAAUCAAAAGCAGCUUCCAUGCAGAGUUAAUCAUUUGUGUGUUAUAUGUAUUUACGCAUUACUCGCAUUAACCCAGUAUAAUGCUCAUGCUACUUUCAGUACUGUGGAAAUAAAUGACUGUCUCUUCGUUAUUCUUGCUCAGAAGAU